AUGGAAGAGGAACAGGUUCGAAUGCCCUGGUCACAACAGCCAUACACAUACUCGUGCACACCAGGGGAAAUAUUAUGCUAUUCGAAUACAUUUACCGCACCCGUAAAAACAAGUGCAUUUCGGUCGGCAGCAAAUACGAGCCUACCAAAUCUAUGGCCACUUGUAGGCUCUGACCUCGACGAUGUGGUUAGUGUCGAUAAUACAGCAAUCAACAAAGAAGACCUUGAUUCUUCAGACACGUCACUAUACUCUAAUUUCCGUCCUUCUCCGGGCUCGAAUAUACUCGGUGUACCAGAACAGUCCGAUAGCCCGGGAAAUAUGGUUCAAAGUCUGAAUGAAGAUCUUAGUGCAAAAAAAGCCAGAAGACGAGCUCAAAGCCGCCGUGCGCAGAAAGCAUUUCGUCAACGCAAACAAGAGUACAUCGAGACUCUAGAGAAGCAAGUCGAAUUUCUAGAGCAACAGCUUCAAGCCUGUAGACAAGAAACCUAUUGUCUACGAGGUCUGACUAGCAACGCCCUAAUUAGCGAUGCUUAG